AUGCUGGGCGACCUCGGUGGGCACCGGGGCGCGUCUGGAUCGCACCUGCCGAGGAAGGAGUUUGUGCGGCCACUUGUGCGGGGCCCGGUGGGGCGCGCAGGGCCCAUGGGCCCGCCGGGUCCGGCUGGCAACCCCGGCCGGAAGAUUAGCUGCUACCGCGUGGACCCUGAGUCGGGGCACAUCAGCGUCGUGUACGACGAGCUGGCGGGCGACGUGGACGACCUCGGGCCAUUCACGGGGCCCCCGGGCCGCGACGGGACGACGCUCGCGGCCGUGGAGGUCGUCGACGGCGAGAUCGUCGCACACGACAGCAACGGCAACGCCACCCACGUCGACCUCGGGCCUCUGCAGAGGUCGCGGGCCGGGGUCCGGGGCGACGUCGGGCCCCGAGGCAACCACAUUGUGAGCUGCGAGACCAACAGCAUCGGCGAGCUGACCAUGGGGCUGUCGGGUGGCGGCGUGGUCAACCUGGGCUUCGUGGGCGGCCGGCGAGGGCCGAGCGGCCGCGACCACGUCGGGCCCCGGG